UGUGGCUCUGUGAUUGGCUGAAGGCGCCUCGGGGGCUUGGGGCGUCGGGGAGUGUGCGAGGCGGGCCGGGUCGUGUGCACUAGCAGAGACAAAGCAGUGGCUGAGGUGGUUGUGGCGGCUGCGGGAGCGGUAGCGGAGCACCCCCAACGCCGAAUUUUGUGGUGCUGAGUUCUGUCGUCAUCUAAUUCAGUGCGGCGUACGGGCGUCUGGUGUUGCGGGGGCGGCGGCGACAGCGGCGGAGGCGGAGGCGGAGGCGGCGGCAGCACAUGGUUCCAAGAGCGCGCUGCGGUUGUUGGGUUCCAAUUCCGUAGGGAGGGACAAAGGCAGCCGGGAUCGCUGGGCAACGCCCGGUUAGGUGGUGCGAUCGCUACUGCCCGCAAUCCCGGGCCUUGAAAGCUGGGACUAACUCAUUACUGUGAACAGGAGGCCACGGGACCGAGGCCCUGAAGGGCCUGAGGCCGAGGUCGCUGAGGGAAGUGGGGGAGGGGCGCGGCCCGCCUGAGGUGAUUUGUGCGGGCUAAUUCUGACGCUUUUUAGUGGGUCAUUGUGAGGUAAUUUGACCCACUACCCUGCGGAGAUUGGGGCGGGGCAGCAAGCUAGGUUUGAUCUGGAUUCUGAAAACAAAUCCGCCAUCGCAUCGGCGCUUAAGAGAUUUUUCAGGUGGGAGGUGGUGAAGCCGGAACUAACGCCACAUACACUCCCAUCGACAUCAUGGUCGCCAGUCUGCGGUAUAUUUAAGGGUCCUGGGAUCAUUGGUGGCGAAGACAUGGGUGAUUGUCUAUUUUUAUGACAGAAGUUGAUACGUUUUCGGGUUGGUAAGUUUCCGGAUUGGUAAAUCUCCUGGAAGAACAGAAAAGUGAUUGAAGAAAAUGAAGAUGGAGCAAUAAUAAAACGGCCAUCUCCAGUACCAUCUACUUCAAAGUCAUCCUCAUUCGACUCAAUUGAAUUAUCGCAACUUAGGCUAACGCUCCUUAAGACUACAGAUUUAUGACCGUUCUUUUUGAAAUAUCACAUCAUAGUCUUUGAGAAGAUAAAUACUUAAAGAAGUCAAUUAUAGUUUAGAUAUAUCUGAAUAUAUUUUGGGUAAGCACUCAGUAACUUUAAGGAGCACACUUACCAAACUUGCUGGAAGGAGUCCUGGAAAAUUUAUUCCCAUUGUAAGGUUAUAUUUCCCAGUUAGUGGUUAAAGGACUGAACCUCACUGCACUCAUGGCUUUCACAAAUUACAGCAGUCUGAAUCGAGCUCAGCUAACCUUUGAAUAUCUGCAUACAAAUUCAACUACGCAUGAAUUCUUGUUUGGUGCUCUUGCAGAACUGGUUGAUAAUGCAAGAGAUGCUGAUGCCACCAGAAUAGAUAUUUAUGCAGAAAGGCGAGAGGAUCUUCGAGGAGGAUUUAUGCUUUGUUUUUUGGAUGAUGGAGCAGGAAUGGAUCCAAGCGAUGCUGCCAGUGUAAUCCAGUUUGGGAAGUCGGCCAAGCGAACACCUGAGUCCACCCAGAUUGGGCAGUAUGGGAAUGGGCUAAAAUCGGGCUCAAUGCGCAUCGGGAAGGAUUUUAUCCUCUUCACCAAGAAAGAAGACACCAUGACCUGCCUAUUCCUGUCUCGUACCUUUCACGAGGAGGAAGGCAUUGAUGAAGUGAUAGUCCCAUUGCCCACCUGGAAUGCUCGGACCCGAGACCCUGUCACAGACAAUGUGGAGAAGUUUUCCAUCGAGACAGAGCUUAUCUACAAGUAUUCUCCCUUCCGCAAUGAGGAGGAAGUGAUGACUCAGUUCAUGAAGAUUCCCGGGGACAGUGGAACACUGGUGAUCAUCUUCAAUCUCAAACUCAUGGAUAAUGGAGAGCCAGAGCUAGACAUAAUCUCAAAUCCAAGAGAUAUCCAGAUGGCAGAGACUUCCCCAGAGGGCACGAAGCCAGAGCGGCGCUCAUUUCGUGCCUAUGCUGCGGUGCUCUAUAUUGAUCCCCGGAUGCGGAUCUUCAUCCACGGGCACAAGGUGCAGACCAAGAGGCUCUCCUGCUGCCUGUACAAGCCCAGGUAUGAUUUAUUCUGGGUUUCAGCUGAAGAGAAGGCACGGGAGGCAGAGAGCAAAGCUCGGACAUUAGAACUACGCUUAGGUGGAGACCUCACACGGGACUCCAGGGUGAUGUUGCGGCAGGUCCAGAACACAGCCAUUACCCUGCGUAGAGAGGCUGAUGUCAAGAAGCGGAUCAAGGAGGCCAAGCAGCGAGCACUUAAAGAACCUAAGGAACUGAAUUUUGUUUUUGGGGUCAAUAUUGAACACCGGGACCUGGAUGGCAUGUUCAUCUACAACUGUAGCCGCCUGAUCAAGAUGUAUGAGAAAGUGGGCCCACAGCUGGAAGGGGGCAUGGCAUGUGGUGGGGUUGUUGGGGUUGUUGAUGUGCCCUACCUGGUCCUGGAGCCUACACACAACAAGCAGGACUUUGCUGAUGCCAAAGAGUACCGACACCUGCUACGGGCAAUGGGGGAACACCUGGCACAGUACUGGAAGGACAUUGCCAUUGCCCAGCGGGGAAUCAUCAAGUUCUGGGAUGAGUUUGGCUACCUCUCUGCCAACUGGAACCAGCCCCCAUCCAGUGAUCUGCGGUACAAACGCCGGAGAGCUAUGGAAAUCCCAACCACCAUCCAAUGUGAUUUGUGUCUAAAGUGGCGGACCCUCCCCUUUCAGCUGAGUUCUGUGGAAAAAGAUUAUCCUGACACCUGGGUUUGCUCCAUGAACCCUGAUCCUGAGCAGGACCGGUGUGAGGCUUCUGAACAGAAGCAGAAGGUUCCCCUGGGGACAUUCAGAAAGGACCUGAAGACACAGGAAGAGAAGCAGAAGCAGCUGACAGAGAAAAUUCGUCAACAGCAGGAGAAGCUGGAGGCCCUGCAGAAAACCACACCUAUCCGCUCCCAAGCUGACCUGAAGAAACUGCCGUUGGAAGUGACCACCAGACCUUCCACUGAGGAACCUGCACGUAGACCUCAGCGUCCUCGGUCACCUCCUUUACCUGCUGUGAUAAAAAAUGCUCCGAGCAGACCCCCUUCCCUGCAAGCUCCGAGGCCAGCCAGCCAGCCCCGAAAGGCUCCUGUCAUCAGCAGCACUCCAAAGCUGCCUGCCCUGGCAGCCCGGGAGGAGGCCUGUACAUCCAGGCUGCUCCAGCCACCUGAGGCACCCCGAAAGCCUGCUAACACUCCUGUCAGGACUGUGCCCCGGCCUGCUCCUCUGGUGCAGCCACUGUCACCAUCUCUGCUGCCCAACUCCAGGAGCCCUCGGGAGGUCCCUACCCCCAGAGCCAUCAAGACUCCAGUGGUCAAGAAGCCAGAGCCACCCAGUAAAUUUUCCCCGGCCACUCCUGGUCGGAAGCGGACUCUUGAGGUCUCUGAUGAGGAAGAAACUGAGGAAGAGGCUGAGAGGAGGAAGGAGAGGUCCAAGCGGGGCAAAAUUGCUGUGAAGGAGGAAAAGAAGGACUCGAAUGAGCUCUCAGACAGUGCUGGGGAAGAAGACUCAGCUGACCUCAAGAAGGCUCAGAAAGAUAAAGGGCUGCACGUGGAAGUUCGUGUGAACAGGGAGUGGUACACAGGCCGUGUCACAGCUGUGGAGGUGGGCAAGCAUGUGGUUCGGUGGAAAGUGAAGUUUGACUACGUGCCCACAGACACAACACCAAGAGACCGCUGGGUGGAAAAAGACAGUGAGGAUGUGCGGCUGAUGAAACCCCCUUCCCCGGAGUAUCAAAGCCCCGACACACAGCAGGAGGGUGGGGAGGAGGAGGAGGCCAUGGAGGCUCAGCAGGCUCAGCAGCAGACUGUGGCUGUGGCAGAGCCCUCCACUUCUGACUGCAUCCGCAUCGAGCCUGACACCACUGCCCCAAGCACCAACCAUGAGACCAUCGACCUGCUUGUCCAAAUCCUCCGGAAUUGUUUACGGUACUUCCUGCCUCCAAGUUUCCCCAUCUCCAAGAAGGAACUCAGUGCUAUGAAUUCAGAUGAGCUGAUAUCGUUUCCUCUGAAAGAGUACUUCAAGCAGUAUGAAGUGGGGCUCCAGAACCUGUGUCAUUCCUAUCAGAGUCGUGCUGACUCGCGGGCCAAGGCCUCCGAGGAGAGCCUGCGCACCUCCGAGAGAAAGCUCCGUGAAACAGAGGAGAAGCUGCAGAAGCUGAGGACCAACAUUGUGGCGCUCCUACAAAAGGUGCAGGAGGACAUAGACAUCAAUACAGAUGAUGAGCUGGAUGCCUACAUCGAGGACCUGAUCACCAAGGGGGACUAAGGGACUCGGAGCCAGAGAUCAGCUCCCCUGUACCUCAAGGCAGAACUGGGGGGAGGCGGUUUUCAUUCACGGGUUGGUGGACUUACCUUGGUUUGAUUCAUGUGGACAUUUGUGCUUUUGGAGGGAAAGAGACUCUUGAUUCUUUGAAUCUUCCUCCCUGUUUAUAAAUAUUUAUUUUUAAAAAGAAACAA